CUGGGCCGUAUGGUCUGGGCCGUAUGGUCAAUGGGCCGUUUAGUCCCUAAUCUCUAAUAAGGUGGAUUGCAGCCUAAUUUCAUGAUUCAUAGCAAAUGUUACAACGUGAUCUUACACCAGAACUUUUCAUAUGCUGCUGAGUAUGAAGCUUUACCUUUCCUGCUUCACCUUUCUAAGGGUUGCAUCACUUUUAAAAUCAUGUGAAGUUGAAAAUCUAGAACAACAAGUCUGUCAUUCUGAUGGACCAGGACUUAAUAACUAGAAACAAAGUCAGCUAGGGCAUUGAAGACCAGGAAGAGAAAAUGUCGCGAGUAAUUGAACAAAUAGUUGAAAGUCGGGAACAAGAUGAGGGUGUGGGUGCUAGGGUUCGUCGCAGUAUUGGAACCUCUAGAUUGAAAAACCUGGAUCCUUUUUUAAUGCUUGAUGAAUUUAAGGUAAAGAAGCCAGCAGGAUUUCCUGACCAUCCACAUAGAGGAUUUGAAACCGUUACCUAUAUGUUGAGUGGAUCUUUUAGGCAUGAGGACUUCUGUGGUCACAAAGGCAUAAUUAACCCAGGGGAUUUGCAGUGGAUGACCGCAGGCCGAGGGAUUGUUCACUGUGAAAUGCCAGAGGGGGAUGAUCUAGGUCAUGGCUUGCAGUUGUGGGUCAACUUGAGUAAAGCAAACAAAAUGACACAACCAGCCUACCAAGAACUUCUUGAUAAAGACAUUCCCAGGACAACUAAAGAUGGGGUCACUGUAAAGGUUAUUGCUGGAGAGUCAUUAGGGAUAAAGUCGCCAGUCUACACAAGAACACCAACAAUGUACCUAGAUUUCAAGUUGGAGAAAGGGGCCACGCUCAAUCAGCGGGUACCCGAGGGUUGGAAUGGAUUUGUCUAUGUGCUCUCAGGAACUGCCUUGUUUGGUCCUGAUGACAAAGCAAAGAAGGGUCCAGCUCACCACACCCUGGUUAUGGGACAGGGAAAUUCUCUCCGGGUCAAAAAUGAUGGGGAUAAAACUUGCCAUUUUGUGCUGAUAGCUGGUCAGCCAUUGAAUGAGCCUAUUGUGCAGUAUGGAACAUGGGUUAUGAACACAGAGCAGGAGAUUCAACAAACAGAACAUGACUACAUGCAGCAACAGAACGGCUUUGAAGGAGCACAUUCAUGGAACUCUUGGCUGGCAUAUCAAUGACUUUCUUGACUUAUUACUUUUGCUGCUCACGCAUGAUUAAUUAUGUGCUAUUUACUUUCAAAUUUGUCUUUGGCUUUGUGUGGAGCUGCUCCAAAUCUGUUCAUAAACGUUGAGUGAUCUGAUAAAAAAUAAGAGGGAAAAAUGAAACUACAGAAACAUUAUCUUUACAGAAAUUCUUUUUAAGUUCCGAUACUAAAAUAAGGAAAAUGAUCACCAGAAACAUUAUCUGAAGAAAAAUUAUUUUGCAGUAGUAAACUUUUUAAUUAAUGGCCAGUCAAUUACUUUUUAAAUUUUGUUACCUAUAAUUAUAUUUAGUUUGGAGUAAAAGUAAUUAAGAAGCAAUGGGUUUUGUGUACAAUAACCAUCGAAAUUUAUGAUUAUAAGUCCCAUUUGUUGGUCCCAUGAACAAGAUUGGAAGGCGUAUACUAGAGUUACCAUGUUGGUCAGUUUGGUUGUGAACAGGUUGGUUGGUCCAUUCUUUUGUAAGCAAACAAAUGCUGGUUCACUCAAGUCUGCAUAUUGUACUAUUAAAAUUCUUAACUAACUGAUGACAUUGUUAUUUCAUACAUAUUUUUCUUAAUUGAUGACAAACCAUGAGGGUACUUUUGCGAUUGUUGCCAUAUGUUAUUUGCUGUGUAUAAAUGUAAACCUUAAAACAUACAACCAUUCACUGGUAUAAUAUCGACAAUUAUAUUUAGGUUAAGUUUUCUGCAUUUUGUAACAAUCAAUUAUACUUCUAUCGAUAUCUGACAAAAACGAUGACUUGGGGAUAUAUCGCAAAAUCUUUUUGCGGCCAUUCUCCCCACACCUCUUAUUCAAGAUGGGCAGUUGUCAGUAACUGUCAAAAGUGCGGGCGCUUAGUACGUGAAAACCAGCGAAAGCCGGAAAUGUGGGUUGCACUGAACUGAAAUACUGUUGAAAUCAACUUAAAAUGCAACAAGCCAAGCUGACAAAAUAUAAAUGUCAAAUGACAGUAAAAGAUCUUAAUAAAUAUUGUUUAACGUGUU